AUGAUUUGGCAAAUAUUUGUGGGUGUUGUGAUAAUAUAUGGUUUAGUGCUUCGUUGGCAAGCAAGACAUAGAAUAAAGUUCGCUAAGUUAUACAGAAAUGACAUAAAAGCCGCGCCGAUACUUGGACAUUCAGUACAUUUUAUCAAAUGUAAAAAUAAUACUGAUCGAUGGAAAGUUCUGGAAAAAUUUGGUCGCGAGGCAGUGAAGCAAGGUGGUAUGACAAUAGGUUGGAAUCUACACAGGUUGUACUUUAUCGUUGCCGAUCCAGUAGUAGCUGAAUGUGUUAUGAAACAUUGCCUAGACAAAGAUGAUUCAAUGAAACUAACACUAGCACUGAUUGGAAACGGCAGCAGUGUUGCUGAUGUACCAAUCUGGAGGCCUCGUCGCAAGAUCCUAGUAUCAACGUUCAGUCAGAAGAAUCUACUGGCCUUCACCGACAUAUUCGCUAAAAAUAGUGAAAUAAUGGUGCAACAACUGCAAAAAGUAGCAGGAACUGGAAGCAUAUCAAUAUCUGAAUACAUAAUGGCUUAUGCCAUGGAUUCUGUUCGUGAAACGUCUCUGGGCUUGAAUGCUAAUUCACAAUUGAAUCCGAACCAGGAUCUGAUAAAAGCAUUUGCGGGCAGUUGCACUCUGAUAGCAGACCGCAUCAUGAAGCCAUGGCUACACUUCGAGCCUUUAUAUAAACUGACAGCACACCAUGCCAAAUAUAUGGAGUAUGUGGAUACUGUCUUAGGGUACAUCAUGGAGAUGAUUCAAGCUAAACGCAAGGAACUCGCUCAAAAGAAAUUUAAUAAGAAUGAUGACGAAGACAAAGACCGCAUCAAAAGUUUCCUAGAACUCAUGAUAGAAUCCUCAGGAGGAGACAAGGGGUACACUGAUAAGGAGCUCCUGGAGGAGAUAAUGGUAAUUUUCACGGCGGGUACGGACACCUCAACCCUCGCGUCUUCAUUCGCCAGCAUGUUACUGGCGAGACACCCUGAUGUGCAAGAGAAAGUUUACCAAGAGUGCAAAGAUGUAUUUGGAGACUCAAACCUACCAGUAACAGCUGAAGAACUGAGCCGACUCAAGUAUAUGAGUGCAGUUAUAAAGGAGACGCUGCGAUUAUAUCCCCCAGGACCAAUCUUGUUGAGAAAAGUUGAUAACGAUGUGGUUCUUCCAUCAGGAGAUAUUUUACCGAAAGGCACAGGCAUAUUUGUAUCUAUAUUUGCUGCUAACCGCAACCCUCGCUACUGGGGAGACGAUGCAGACCAGUUCCGACCUGAACGGUUCAUUGACACGCAGCUCAAGCAUCCCGCUGCUUUCUUAUCCUUUAGUUAUGGUCCCCGGAAUUGUCUAGGAUACCGCUAUGCAAUGCUAUCCAUGAAGUCAGUUCUAUCAAAUAUUGUUCGCCGGUUCCGAAUACUGCCAGUCUCCAAAUCAGAGUUGGGAAAGCCACUGGACAUAAAUUAUGAUAUCAUGCUGAGGUCUGCAGAUGACUACAAAGUAGUACUGGAACCAAGAGUAUGA